AUAUAGCCUACAAGUUUACUGAUCUCAUUGCCUUUUUAAAAAAAAAAAAAAAAAAAAAACCCUAGACUCACAGAGAGAUGGAGAAGGCUGCUGUGAAACAAAUCUUGUUUUGCAUUUUCUUCAUUUUUCUUGUUCUGCAUUUCUGUCCUGCAACCUCCCAGGAAGUUGAGGAUGAGAGGGCGUUUGAUUAUGAAGCAUGGAGCACCAGGGGACCGGCACGGUGGGGACAGAUUCGCCCCGAUUGGCGGAUGUGCAACAACGGAACAAUGCAGUCUCCUAUUGAUUUGAUGGACCAGAGGGUUCAAGUAAUCUCAACAUUACAGAGACUUAGGAGAUUUUACAAGCCUGUUAAUGCCACUCUUUUGAAUAGGGGUCAUGAUAUGAUGAUGAAAUGGACAUCUGGUGAAGCUGGAUAUAUUGACAUGAAUGGAACUCAAUAUCUACUCCAACAACUACACUGGCACUCCCCUUCUGAGCAUACCAUCAAUGGCAGGAGGUUUGAUCUAGAGUUGCACAUGGUUCACCAAAGCCGAACCGGACAACUCGUCGUAAUCGGAAUCAAUUACCGGAUCAGCAGUUCUGAUUUCUUCUUGUCAUCGAUGGAGACUCAUUUGCAAGACAUUGCCAACAUGAGCUAUAAUUCUCAACCGCAAAAAUUGGUGGGAAUAGUUGAUCUAAGACAAUUAAACAUCCGUAGCCGAAGAUAUUACAGAUACAUUGGCUCUCUCACAGUUCCUCCUUGUACUCAAAGUGUUGUUUGGAUCGUUCUUCAACAGACGAGGCCAGUUGCAAGAGAACAAGUGAGAUUGCUUCGUAUGGCUGUUCGCGACGGUUCAGCAACAAAUGCAAGACCCUUACAGCGAAAACACGGGCGCUCAGUGCAACUAUGUAACGACCAAGUAACUGAUCAAGAUAAGGAUUCAAAUGCCGGAGUACCGCUCAACUAGAUCAAGAAAAACACAUGAUUAUGUCGAUCGAGAGAAAUAGCCUAAAUAAAGUCUGCAGAAUUUUAUUUUGCAUAGGUUUUCCUCUUUAUCCAGCAAUAAAUAUGAUUGCUUAAUUUGGACUUCGUUUUUUGUUGUUGUUGUCGUUUUUGUCCUAAAGAUGUAUUUGUCUCUUGGUGCUUUUUGCCUUCGGGACUAAUUUCACUUGUAGUAUCAUAAAUAAUAAUGUUCGCGAUGUCGUAGCGAAAUUUUGC